AUGGAGUCCUUUAUCGACCUUUUUUCCCCUUUUCUUGCAGAUUACAGUACCUACAGCCAAGCUGCAGCUCAGCAGGGCUACAGCGCCUAUGCACCUCAGCCAGCUCAAGGAUAUGCACAGACCACCCAGACGUACGGGCAGCAGAGCUACGGGACCUACGGGCAGCCCGCGGACGUCAGCUACACCCAGCCCCAGAGCACGGCCACCUACGGACAGACGGCCUACGCCACGGCCUACGGGCAGCCCCCCACUGGUGAGAGCCCCUGGGCGGAUCAGGAAAAUUCCUCCACACCCCAGGAUGGCAGCAAACCAGCAGAGACCAGCCAGCCCCAGUCCAGCACGACAGGCUACAGCCAGCCCAGCCUGGGCUACGGGCAGAGCAACUACAGCUACCCCCAGGUGCCUGCCAGCUACCCCAUGCAGCCCGUCACCGCUCCUCCCUCCUACCCCCCGACCAGCUAUUCCUCCACACAGCCAAGCAGUUACGACCAGAGCACUUACUCCCAGCAGAGCAGCUACGGGCAGCAGAGCUCCUACGGCCAGCAGAGCAGUUAUGGGCAGCAGAGCAGCUACGGGCAGCAACCCCCUCCCACCAGCUACCCCCCUCCCAGCGCAUCCUACAGCCAGGCCCCCAGCCAGUACAGCCAGCAGAGCAGCAGCUACGGCCAGCAGAGCUCGUUCCGCCAGGACCAUCCCAGCAGCAUGAACAUGUACGGGCAGGAAUCCGGAGGCUUCUCCGGCCCAGGAGAGACCCGGAAUCUGAGCGGCCCCGAUAGCCGGGGCAGGGGACGAGGGGGAUAUGAUCGAGGAGGCAUGAGCAGAGGUGGGCGGGGAGGAGGACGCGGUGGAAUGGGGUCUGCGCCUCAGCAGGGCGGAUUUGGGCAGGUCAGGGGACACAUGGAGGAAGGACCCGACCUGGAUUUAGGCCCCCCCAUGGAGCCAGAGGAGGACUCAGACAGCACUGCAGUGUAUGUGCAGGGACUCAACGAUAAUGUGACCCUGGAGGAUCUGGCAGAUUUCUUCAAACAGUGCGGUGUUGUCAAGAUGAACAAGAGGACGGGGCAGCCCAUGAUAAACCUGUACAUCGACAAAGAGACUGGCAAGCCCAAAGGUGACGCCACCGUGUCCUACGAUGACCCAUCUACUGCCAAAACAGCUGUGGAAUGGUUUGAUGGGAAGGAUUUCCAGGGCAGCAAGCUGAAGGUGACCCUGGCACGGAAGAAGGGCCCCAUGAACAGCCUGAGGGGCGGGAUGCCCCCCCGGGAGCAGCGGGGAAUGCCCCCCCCUCUCCGAGGAGGUCCGGGGGGUCCUGGUGGCCCAGGGGGGCCCAGUGGCCCCAGCGGCCCCAUGGGCAGGAUGGGUGGAAGAGGUGGAGACAGGGGUGGCUUCUCCUCGAGAGGCCCACGGGGGUCCCGGGGAAACCCCUCCGGAGGGAGCGUCCAGCACCGCGCCGGGGACUGGCAGUGCCCCAACCCGGGCUGUGGAAACCAGAACUUCGCCUGGAGAACGGAGUGUAACCAGUGCAAGGCGCCCAAACCCGAGGGCUUCCUCCCGCCCCCCUUCCCCCCUCCAGGUACGUGGGGGGGGCUCACGGUUUCACUUCCCAGUGGGACACCCCAGGCCUGGCCUUGGGCUCCUCGGGGAUUAGCUGGGCCAGCCCCUGGAGCUGCCAGGCCUUCACUGCUCCGUGAGCCGUGACGUGGAGGCUGGGAUCACAGUUCCUCUGGGAUCUGGGGGCCCUUCCUGGGGGGCUGCUCCCACCUCCUUAGGGCCCUAACGAGCUGUAGCUCCCCCGGCUCAGGAGGA